UGUAAGUACAUAAACAUAUUCAAUUUUUCGCUCCACUUUCGGAAUUAAAUUCUGCUGUAUUUUGCCUCCGGGCAUUUUCUGUUUCAGAAUCAUUACGUGCAUAAAAUCGUAAUCUACAAGCUGAAAUAUAAAUUUUAUAAAUUAUAUCUUGUGGAUUGUCGAAAAAUUAAUAUCAAAAUCUGUCAACUCUGAAGAGGUUAGGUUUCCAGUGUUGUGAAAUUGUGGGUGGAUAGCUUAAACAACGUCAAUUGAUGCUAACAAUCACUUGAUGCUUACACGAUAACAUCAUUUUGCUCACUACUGUGUUGGUAACUUACAAUCGAAAAGACUGUAAGAACCAACAGUGUAGUCAUCAGAAAAGUAAAGACAUAUAGUGUGUGUUAUUACAAUAGUAUUGAUGCUAAAAUUGAUACCUUAAAUUGAUUAUCUGUCCAGUAUCUGACCAGCAAUUUAUACUUGGAGUUAAAAUUCUCUAGACAUUUUACGGUUAUAUUGCGUUGUUAUUUGGUAUGCCAUUAGUGUCUGACAUAUGUUUUAAAUGCAAGAGACCUGUCAAGUCAUCUGUUGUCUGUAAUACUUGUCAACAACAUUUUCAUCCUGGUUGCGCUCGUGAUUAUAUAAAAAACAGGCCAUCAACUGAUUGCUGCAGGAAACAGCUAAACUAUCUCUUGGACAGUCUCAAUGCAAAAACAAGACUUGCUUCACUAAAAUCUACUAGCUCAAACACCUCCUCGGUCUCUAGUUUCAAAUCUGCGAACUCUUCUCCACUUGAGCGUACUUUCACAGUACGCGGGUCAACCUCGUCACUUAAGUCUCCAAGAACACCAAUUUCUCCGCUACGCCAAAGUACUGAUUCAGUUUUUUCAUCACCUGUCACUCCACCAACAAUGUCACACUUACCAGUAGAUUGGUCCAAAAAAUCACUUGAUGAAAAAAUGACUCUAUUAAUGGAGAAAUUUUGUCACUCAGAAAUUUCAACGAAUCAGAAACUUGAGGACUUAAGUGAAAAACUGCGUGUAGUCCAAGACUCGCAAAAUGCUACUACUGUCAACUUAGCAGAAUUAAAUACUAAUGUUAAAACAAAUGCUGAGUCAAUUUGUCAGAUUAGCUCUGAUCUCAAGGAAGUGAGAAAAACUAGGGAAGCUGACAUGGAUUUAGUCAAUGAAAGGCUGUGUAACUUGGAAAACUUUGCUCCUGUUCCAUCUACUUCUUCGCAAACUGCUGGUGGCACUACUGAAUUAGUUAUUUCAGGUAUUCCUGAAUCAGUGGUGAAAGGCUCAACACCAGAAGACAUUACAACUGCGGUUUUAAAUAGUCUAGAGUUGCCGAAGUUAGUGAAUAGUGUCUUGAGCUCUCGUAAAUUUCAAAAUAAGAACAGGCAACCGCAGAAUCAAGACAAACCUAUCACAAGCUCCUACAUUGUUUCUCUGAUAUCGACUCCAGUUCGUGACUUUAUCAUUGACAAGAAACGUAAAGCGGGAGGUCUUCUGGUGAAAAAAGUUUUUCCCACCUACGUUGAUGCGGCGUUCCAAGGAUCCAUCUACGUGAACGAAUUCUUGCUUCCAGAGACUCACCGACUGUUACUGAAAACUAAGGAGAAAGCGAAGAAUAAAAAAUACAAGUUUGCUUGGUCUAGAAAUGGAAAAAUUUAUAUGAAAAAAGAUGAAAACUCUGAAAGAUUUGUGAUUAAUUGUGAAGCUGAUCUUUCCAGGCUUGAUUGAUGUCCAACUGAUUCGACUAAUAUCUCUGUAAAUAAUAUUCCAUCGUCAUUAAAUGUAUUAAGUUUAAAUGUAAAUAGUGUUAUUGGUCACAUUGCUCAAUUUCUUGAUCUA